ACAUUUCUUUACUCUACCUUUAAAACUGAUGCCGAAGAAGAAGCGUCACUCCACUCAGCACAGAGCAGGAAGAGAUGGCGACCCUAAGUAACUUGUGUGUUUUUAUUAAUGUCUCUUUUCUGCUCCUCUUCCUCUUCAUCUCUGCCUCUGCUGAGCGACAGAAGACGGUGGAGUUCAACGUGAAGCCGGGAGGAGUGGUGCACACCUUCACAGAGGCCGUAAAGGAAUAUGAGUGCUCGUUCACCUAUGCUUCACAAGGGGGAACCAACGAGCAAUGGCUGAUGAGUGUUGGUCUGAGUGACGACGACAAACUGUUCUCCUGCUCUGUGUGGAGGCCUCAGGGGAAGUCGUACCUGUUUUUCACGCAGUUCAAAGCCGAGCUGAAGGGAACCAAAAUUAAAUAUGCCAACGCCUAUUCUCAGACGGCGGGAGCAGGACACAGCGACGUGCCUUUGAAGCCGGAGGAGUUUACCGUAGGAGAGUCCACAGUGACACACACAGACGGAAAGUUCAGCGCACAACUCUCUAAGCUCACCGCCAUCGGACAGACGCGACACGACGAGCUGUGAUCGGUCAGAAGUCAGACGUAAAGCAGCUUCGUUCGAGUGUUGAGCUCCGGAGAAAAGGAUUGUACAGCGGCUGGAUCAAAAAAUCUCACUGAGCUCGAGAAUCAGACGGAAUAUCAUUUUUUUUAAAUCUAACAAAGAUGAUUGGAAUACAGUCGAAUGAAAGGUCUUUCAUAGGUUGAGACGUUGCGUAGUUGUUGCAGAGAAAAUGCUGAUAUUUUGACCGAUUUCUAAGCUCUGAGUGUGUGUUUCAGCCAAAUGAAGGAUGGGUUUAUGAAUGGGAUAAAACUGAUAUUGCUUUUUAACUACUCUGUGUUUGAGUACCUGAAUUUCCUCGUAUGUUUUCUACACUGUAUUUGAAAAUACACUUUGAGUUUCCUUUUUUUUUUACUGUUCACUGUCCCUGUUAAAACUCUGUUAAAGAUUAAAGAGCUUCCAUAGUUUGCUUUCUGAGGAUAUAAGAUUUACACGCAGCACAUCUGCUUGAUCCUGGGGGAGGGUUGUGAAUGUAUAAAGGAUUCUGUGUCUGGGGGGGGGGGGCGUUGUAGAGUAUAGAUAACACAUUUAGAGUAGCGAGGGGAUUUAUCCAUCUCCUGUAAUCCUGAGAGGAAAGUGAAUAAUCUGCUGUAGCGUCAUCAUCACAUAAACAAUUACAUUUCCUCAGAUCCUCUGAUCUGCGCUCUACAUCGCUGUGAGCAAACAUUCUACCCCCCCCCUAAAAUACCAAUUUGUACGACUUUGAAUCAUUUUUUGUUGUGUUUGUGGUGUUCGGCCUGAAGGGAUACUUGAUUAUUAAUGAUAUUAAGAGUGCAGAAUCCACUGAGGAUUGGUGCGUUUUUGAUGACUCUUAAACAGUAAAUGUGAAAUCAUUGAUCUGAGAACAUCAUAAAAGUACAGAUGCCCCCUCGGUUAAUAAUAAGUUGACUAACUGGUGAUUUCUUUGAAGAUCUUUUAAGAGGAUUAGUCAUUUCUGCAUGCACAAUGAUUAAUGUCCAAGAACGUAGGAGCAGUUAUCUGGUAGAAAAGUUCUUUGUGGGAAAACUUGGUUUUAGUUUCUAAAUCAAAUAAUAGAUGAGUCAUCUUUUUAUGCAAUUUCAUGCAAAAUGACUAAUUUCCAAGAAACUUUUGAACAAUUCUCUGGUUUACACAAGAUGUGAAGUGAUUUGUUGCACCAUUCUUUGUGGAAAUGCUCUUGAAACAACUAAUAAAUGAGUCAUUCUGUUUCUCUUUU